UGUAAGGCUGUUAUUUAAUGUCUGACACUGUACCAGAGGGAGUAACAAGAACAAAAUUGUCAUUGCUUGAAUGAAAAGCAGACAUACUCAACAUUGUAUUUUACAUAAUUAACCUGUACAGGUGUUCUAGGGAGUACACUGAAGAAGGUUUAAGGACUUUAGAUAUUCUGUGUUGAUAAUCUUGUCAUCAAUUGUGACCAGAAUAAAGGACAGUACACAUACAUCAAAAUAAAAUAGAGAAAAACUUCUUCAGCCAUGUUGUUAGUUUGUCUGACCUUGGUGGUCAGUUUUCUCUCUGCAGAAGCUCAAACACAUAAUGGAACGUUUGUUGUGACUGCUCCAAAGGAAGCCAGGAUUGGUACCCCAUAUAUUGUUAGUGUUAUUAUGACGGAGCCAAGAUCUGAUACAUUGUCAGGAAAAAUUGAAAUAGCUACCAGUGAUUCUACAAAGAAAAAGACAGAAAUGUUUAGUAUUGCCUCAACAGAGAAUAAAAAAGAUGUGCCUAUAACUGUUAUGGCUGGUGAUUUGGACCCUGGGAGUUAUAGAUUGAAGUUUGAGAUGACAAUAGGAGGGAAAUCUUUGAAGGACAGCAUUGAAAUUAACCUUGUUGAUGAUGGUGGUUUAAUCCUGAUUCAAACAGAUAAGGCCAUUUAUAAAAAAUCACAAACCGUGAAAAUGAGAAUUGUUCUCCUCAAUGCAGACUUAAUGCCAGUAAAUAAAAAGAUGAACAUCACAAUUGUUGAUCCGGAUGGUAACAAAGUUCAGAAAUUGACUGAAGAAAAAAACAACACAGGUGUUAUCACUGUGGAGUAUCAGAUUUCAGAUGAUCCCAAGAUGGGAGAUUGGAAGAUACAGGUUCAGUCAUCCGAUGGAAUGGGUGAGGGAACUGAGAGAAAUUUCACAGUAGAUGCUUAUGUUCUGCCUAGGUUUUCCGUGGAGGUGAAACCAUCUGUUCCAUUUGUCUAUGUUAAAGAUUUCUCAUCGGUUGAUAUUGAUGUUGAAGGGAUAUAUACAUACGGAGAAGGUGUUCAUGGAAGUGCAUCUAUUAAAUGUACACUUGAGGGAACUACAUUCAACAAAAAAGCUCAGUUGGUUGAUGGUAAAGCCAGAUUCACUGUUACAACAACCGAAAUUGGAGACCCACAAAAUUUACGACAGAAAUUGUGUAGAGGUUAUUGGUGUUGGAAUAAGGGACAACAGUCAUUCCCGCUGAAAAUCAAAGCUGAAGUAAAAGAGGAUGAGACAGAUGAAGAACAGGAAACGGAAACCAGUAUCAAUUUCUAUACUGAACCUGUUGCCAUGGAAUUGGUCAAUAAGAAGGAGUACAGGAAGAACAUGGAUUACACUGUUUAUAUUCACAUAACAGAUCCUAGUGGUGCACCUCUUCUUAAAACAGAGAGAUCAAAAUUUUAUUUAAAUGUAACAAUCAAAGAGAAUACAGGAAAUGCAGUGAUAUUCCAGGAAGACAGAGCCAACUUACCAACAGACAUGGAUGAUAUCAUCAUGUCAUUUACUACGUCUACCACUACACAGUAUUCUAUCGCAAUAAAGGCUGUACUCUAUGACAUGUCAGGAACCCAAGUGUUGCAACUGAAUGAAUAUGUUACAGAAUAUAAUUCAUAUGGAGAGGCAGGAGUACAGAUUGCCUUGAUGAAUUCACAAAACAAAGCAGAUGGCGUUCGGUCAGCGAAAAUGCGAUAG